UCUCACUCGGUGUAAUCGCAGCUAGUUGUAAACUGUUGAGGCUCGGGAGUCGAUCCACCUCAACAACAGCGGGGAUACUCUGCCUGCUCCAGCCGAAAUAUGGUUCGCAUGAUGGGGCUGCUUUCAGUGAGUGUUGGGCCCCUGCGGAACGGGGUGCAGGCUUGGGGCAGAGGCUGUGCCACCAUCCCUGCAACUUUUCGCCACAGUAACGUUAGCGCAUUAUCGAAGGUAGGGUGUAAUUUCUUUAAACAAUGCUUCGGCCGUCAACUUGCAAAAUAACCAUGUAAUGUUCUCACACAACAUUGAUGACAGAUUUACAAUAUAUUUAAAAAUGCAUGAUUAAGCCUUGUUUGUCUUUGCUUGGUGAACUCUGUCAUCAAUAGUUUCUUGCAUAAAGAUCUCGUCCUUGUUUAUGAAACUUUUUUCCCUCAUUCAUUUCAUAACAAGGCGAGUUGCUGCGUUCUGUGGGGAAGGGGGCGUCUCAGCUGCAGCAAGUUGUGGGUCAUGGCUAGAAGGUAUCGCUCCAGUUUUUGUCAAACUAACGUCAGAUUUGACUUUUCGUAGCAGGUUAGGAUAAUUGGGUUAAGGUUAGGAAAAUAGCUAGGGUUAGCUAAAAUAAAAAAAACGUUUUACGUAAAUCUGACAAACUGGAUCCGGUUGCAACGGUCUCAGAGAAUUUGGUAUGAUUCUAGCCAUGACCCAAAUUGUGUGAAACAUUCUAGUGCCCUUUGCCAAAUCAAUGGUUUUAUAGCCCAACAUCAGUUCAAUGAGUUCAUCUGUUUAUGAAGGACUUUAAUAUUAUUUACUGUAAUAAUAAUUUUGCCUGGUUGAGUUAUCAUGAUGUGUUGUUUAUGAAUUGAAUAGUAAAAGGCUUAAAAUGAUGCACACCCCAAAAUGUUUUGUAGAGGGGCUGCCUAAAGGAGAGUAAACUAUAAAAACAAAGUCGGUUUGCUAUCCCCAUUAAAUGUUUGGGAGCAUAAUUAGAAUAUUCAGUGGAUAACAUCUGAAUAGUCUUCAACUGUGUAUUCUUGAAUAUCAGUAGCCUAAUGCAGAUAUUUUAACCCCUUUGAGUAUGAGAUUCAAGGUAGGCUGUGUUAAUCCAAUCCUGCUCUCUCCUCACAGUGUUCCGCAUUAAAACGAAUCAAUGCCAUGGGAUUAAAUCAAUGCCCUUUCACAUUGGCUCGAUUGCUCAGUUCCAAACCCCCAACAGGUAAAUCACUCUAACACCAGGAAUAUGUUGAUGUUAUCAUCUAUGCAUGUAAUGACCAUGGCAAUUACCAUUGACUGUGCAAUUCAUUUUUGUUGUUUGAUUGUGUCCUAAUUCAAUGUUUUAAUUGCUUCAGGAUUUGAGAAGUUCUUUCCAAAGAGUGAGGACACUCCUGGUGUCAACAAAUCAUCUGAAGAGACCGGAGGUAUGACUGAUGGCCUAUAUCCCAUGUGUCUCUACUGGCCCACUGUUCAAACACUGGGAUGUCAACGAUGGACAGCCAGUUGUCUGUGAUUUAAUUUCCUGUGGCAAUUUGCUUGUUUAGAUGAGAAGACCAAAGAGCCAGAAUCUCAGGGCGGAGGAGAAGGGGGGCCAAAUGGAGGUGGCAAGAGGGAAAGGAGAGGCGGAAGGAAGGAUGAAUCAGACUGGUGGACACGCUUCCAGGUCUGUUUCAAAGCCUCAGCUACCUACAGAUCAGACAUGUAAACAAACAAGAUGUGCCUGUUUUCUCCACAACAACAGCACUCUGUCAUCACUCAUGUUUGAUUUUCCACCCCUUAAUCUACCUGAUCUGAACCAGAGACUACCUAAACACAUCAGUCAGUAAUGCCUUGUUUGGCAGCCUGUUAUGUAAUGGAUGGGAGAGGAAUGUAAAAAAAGUUGAGUUCCUAUUUAUAAAGGGCUGCUGUGUAAGAUGAUAAAGGGUCACCUUUUAUCAUACUGCUAAUGGGGUGUUGACAGUUGCCAUGAGAGGGAGGCAGUCUGUGUGUGUGUGCGCUUGUGCGUGUGUUGAUUUCCACCCUGUUUCCCCUCUCAUUGUUUUCUCUGAAUCUGACAGAAUUAUUUCCCCUGGGAUGAGAAGACCAUGCGCAAUGUCGUGAUCGGAUUCGCCGGCAUGGCCUCUGCGUUCCUGUAUUUCUACUUCCGAGAGACAGGAAAGGAAGUCUCCUGGAAGGACUUUGUGCAUAGCUACCUGGCCAGAGGACUGGUGAGAGACGGGGGAUAUACUAGGUUACUGUUCUUCACUAGUUACUAUGUAAUAACAUUUUAUAAGACCCAUAAGUAAAGUAUUAUUGCAUGUGUCAUUGUUUGUGUGUGAAACAGUGAGUCUGAGGUCUUUGUUCUUUGAUGUGUCUGAUGUUCUCUGUACAGGUGGAACGUCUGGAGGUAGUCAACAAACAGUAUGUCAGAGUCAUCCCAGUGCAUGGAGUCAAUACGUCAGAGGUGGUACGUACCAAAUAAUCACAAGGGAGACAUUUGGGAGCCUUGUUUUUUUGUUGACACUAUCCAUAGGCCCCCUUUGGACAUUUAAGACAUAUAUAGAGAGUUUACAAGUUAGUAAGAUAUGCAUUUAGAUUUAGUAUGCUUUUCUAUUCUUUAGUCUGAUGUGGUGAUGUUCCAUACUGUUUGCUUAGAACUUAACUAAUAAGGAAUGAGGAAUGCCAACAGUUAUAAGUGUGUUCACAUCCCCUUGUCUCUCUGUGUGUCACAGAGCUACCUGUGGUUCAACAUCGGCAGCGUGGAAACAUUUGAACGCAACCUGGAGCUGGCCCAGCAGGACAUGGGCCUGGACUCUACACACAGAAUACCUGUGGUCUACGGAAGCGAGAGUGACGGGUGAGACAUGGGAGGGAUGGAGAGCUGUGGGAGCAGGAAUACUUUAUUUGAAUGUUGUUCAGAUUAGGAGCUGUGGGGUUGGAGCUCAUUUGAAGGUCCUCUCUAUCAUACUCUCACUGACCCUGGAGAUGUUGAUAGAGUUAUUGGCCCAUUAAUGCUAAUCUCUCUCUCUCUCUCUCUUAUUUAUUUAUAUAUAUAUAUAUAUAUAUAUAGUACUUUCCUGAUGAGCAUUCUUCCAACCCUGCUGCUGGUUGGCUUCCUGCUCUUCACCAUGCGCCAGGGACCAAUGGCAGGAGGCCGUGGCGGUGGGCGGGGCAACCCCUUCAGCAUGAGCGAAUCCAAGGCCAAGAUCAUGAAGGACAACAUUGACGUGAGGUUUAAGGAUGUGGCGGGCUGCGAAGAGGCAAAGCUGGAGAUACUAGAGUUUGUCAACUUCCUGAAGAACCCCCGGCAGUACCAGGACCUGGGGGCCAAGAUCCCCAAGGUAACUCUUUCCUUAGAAGCCAUACCAGCAUCUGAAACACUACUCAUAUAACCCUGUUGUACAGGAUGAUGCUCACCAAGAGAAAAAAUAGCAGUAUGUUGAAUUUCAUGGCCAUGUCAGGAAAACACUGUGCAGUUUAAUUUGUCUAUGCAGUAUGAUGAGCUGAGAUUAUAGUUAAUUGGCUGUUUGUUUGCAUAGACAUUUCCUUUGCAUCUCAUUCACCGCUGCACUCUAACCUCCAAGUACUCACAAGAGUGUCCACUUACACCAGCUAUGACCAUGUGCUUCCCAGGGUGCAGUGUUGUCGGGUCCCCCCGGCACAGGGAAGACCCUGCUGGCCAAGGCCACAGCCGGAGAGGCCAAUGUCCCCUUCAUCACCGUCAACGGAUCUGAGUUCCAGGAGAUGUUUGUUGGCGUGGGCCCAGCCAGGGUGAGUACUACCCCAGGGGAGAGGGUAGGAAGAGGAGGGACAGUUGGAUUACAGGGUGUAUUUCUGUUCGCUUUUCCUCUCUUUGUCUAAAUAUUUGCUUUGAGGUCACGCACUUGUUUCACUCCUCUAUGGGAAUAAAUAAAUGUGUCUCUCUGAAUCACUGUAUUGACAUCAGUUUUAUACAAUAAGCAUGCAAAACUUUGCUAAGGGUUGAUUUGUUGUACUGUGGACCUACCCAGUAAUGUAACCCAUGCCUUUUUUUUUUUCCCAGGUGAGGGACAUGUUUGCCAUGGCCCGUAAGAACGCUCCCUGCAUCCUGUUCAUCGAUGAGAUAGAUGCUGUGGGCAGGAAGAGAGGCAGAGGGAACUUUGGGGGACAGAGUGAACAGGAGAACACACUCAACCAGCUGCUAGUGGAGAUGGAUGGUAGGUCUGGUUUGAUGGUCUUACACUGUAGGUACAAUAUGGUGGUUAACUGAAGCAACUUUCUUUCCAGAAAAGGGAAAUUAUUCCCAAAGACACUCAAUGACUGUUCAAUGUUUAAUUAACCAUAGUUAUCUGUGUCCUGUAUAUUAGGUGACCCUUCCAUACAAUCUCAACUGUUUUUUCAUCACUUCUCUAUUGGGUCUGUAGGGUUCAACACAAGCACUAAUGUGGUCGUCUUGGCUGGAACCAACCGACCAGAUAUCCUGGACCCAGCACUGAUGAGACCUGGGCGCUUCGACAGACAGAUUUACAUAGGUACAGUCAGUCCACUCCAUAAAUUGCUAUAAGUAAAAUCUGUGUGGCCUGUAACUGUUUAUUUGCCUUGAACUGUACUGUCUAAUUUUAGCAGGGCCUAAUCUGUCUCUACCUGUCAGCACAGAUCAACACAGCCAUUGUUACAGACUAUCAGACAAUUCAUUGGCCCCUCUUUCAGAGUCCAACUCUAUCAGUACCUCACAUAUACAGUACAUUCUAGAUAUAAGCCACAGUAUGUGGAGUAGGGUAGAUGCUGCUACCUAGCCGCUGUAGUGUAUACACAAUGCUGUUUACUUCUACAGUAUAGGCUACUUUAUCAGUGUGUUCAGUACUGUGACACAAAGAGCAAAGUUUACCUGGAUUAAACAUAGUUUACCUGGAUUACAGUCCCCUGGAUUAACGUGGCAUUUGCCUUUCUUUCUUUGCUCUGGUGUUGUUCUGGCUCUACUCUCUGACAACUAUUCCUCCAUCCACUCUCUGGUCAACACAGCUCACAAGCAGAAUUAGCUUUUUCUGCCCUGUCAUUGGAUUAGCAAUCUUCAGCGCGUUGUAUUGAGGGAUUACCCAGCCUGAGCCGGCCGGCCUAUCUCAUGACAUUAGCACGCCAUGCCUGUUCAGUGUCGUCCCGCCUCCCCUGACCUGACCGCCAUUACCAUAGCAACGAGCUAGCCUGGUCCUGUGUGUUUAGGGAAAGGUUUGACCUGAACAGGAAAAACUCAGCGCUAUAAAUUCUAACUAGAGCCCAGAGUUUUUUGCAGUUGGGUCAUGUGGUCAGGGAAAAACUCCAGGUCUAUGUAUGUUAGACCACUGUCCAGUCUCCAUAUUCUAGUACCAGACAGCCCUGUCUGAAAUUACUGUGGUUAAUACACAGAGGAUUUUCUUGUCACCUUUCCCUGGGUAGUGAAACCACUUCCUACAGCCUUGCCGACAUGAUUAGAAUUUGACAUGACCCCAUUUCAUCAAUGCAAAUUGUCCUCACAAUUAGUCCUUGUAAUCAAACCAUUUUAGAAGUGAAAACUAUAAGUGCACAGAGAUAAAAAAACAAACAUAUUUGGUCACAUUCUUGGCAAAAGUGCAGGCAAAAGCACUGACUGUGCAAAAUGUUUUUGCCAUCAUCAGCACUAUCAUAACUUGCCUAAUUGCCGUAUCUGUGUUGAUAGCAGUCUGAUUUUAGCUGUGCCCAACAUUGCAGUAACGUGUUAUGUCAGCUAUGUGGAUGUACUCUUUGUGGGUGAGGUGAGAUUUCUGAUGGCUGGGAUCCAUUUUCCCCCUAGUCCAGUCCAGCUGUACAAUGGUAGGCAGCUCCGGCCUGGCCUCACUGGCCUGCAUUCUUCUGUCUGUCAUGGAAACUAACUGCAGCGUGAGUGAGAGCUUCUAUAAACUGAAAGGUUAUGUAACCGGGGGACAGUAACCAUUAGGGAUAGGAGGCGAGGCAAGCUGCUCCCCUGGGCCAUCUCACUAGGGUGUAAAUAUUUUCCCUCUUCCUCUCCCGCCUGGGCCAGUGGUCAUCCCCAUAACUCUGUUUCACUUCCUCCCUGUCAAACCUGAUCCCCCUCUUUUUCCCUUUCUAUCCCUACUGUUUUUCACAUUCUCUCUCUCCUUCUCUUCUCCUCUCAGGUCCACCAGACAUAAAGGGCAGAGCGUCCAUCUUUAAGGUCCAUCUGAGGCCUCUGAAGCUGGACUCCAGGAUAGACUCUGAAGCUUUGGCCAGGAAACUAGCUGCCCUCACACCUGGCUUCACUGGUGAGUGCAGGGCCAGGUGUGUUUGUCUGUAUGAACGUUGACAGCUAGCUGUGUUGCGUUUUAAAGGGAUAGUUUGGGAUUUUGGCAAUGAAGCCGUUUAUCUACUUCCAUAGAGUCAGAUGAACUCGUGGAUACCAUUCUUAUGUCUCUGCGUCCAGUAGGAAGGAAGUUAGAGUUAGCUUUGCAGGCCAAUCCUGACUAGUGUUAGCAAGACUUCUUCUUUGCGCCAGCUUUACCCAAAGACUUCCAGUCUUUGCGCUAAGCUAGUUAGCAUUGGCUUGCGAGGGAAGUAGAAAAAGGGCUUCAUUGCCAAAAUCCCGAACUACCCCUUUAAAAGUAAUGACGUAAUGAACACAGUACAUGGUUCUUUCAACAUACUGCGCUAAGUACAUACUGUAUGUAUUCGAAGCCCCUGAAGUAAUCAUGCUGCUUGUCAUAAACCUUUACAGUAUCUCCUGGUCAUGUUACAGGUAGUUGUGUGGGUAAUCUAUAAUCUUCCCUUGUUGUUACAGGAGCUGAUAUUGCCAAUGUGUGUAAUGAAGCGGCCCUGAUAGCAGCACGCUACCUUAACGAGUCUAUCAACGUCAAGCACUUUGAACAGGCCAUCGAGAGGGUCAUCGGAGGUAAGCUACUGUCACUGACUGGGGGAUGGUGGGGAGUGUGGAUGUCAGGGAUCAAGGCUCAAACAGGAAGUUAAUCUUUGGAAUGUAACUAUCAGACUGACUGGUGUUGACAUGACCUUUCCCUGUCUGUCUGUCUGGGGCCAGUGAGGCCACUCUUUUACUCCUGAACAAGUAACCAAGCCUCCUCCCCUAACACACACAAGUACAGCCUUGAGACCUUAAACUCACACACACUUUUAGUGGUUGUCAACAUGCCCUCCUUUCCCCCCAGGUCUGGAGAAGAAGACCCAGGUGCUACAGCCAUUAGAGAAGACCACUGUAGCAUACCACGAGGCUGGCCAUGCUGUGGUGGGCUGGUACCUGGAACACGCUGACCCUCUGCUCAAGGUGGGCGGCCCUCUCCUCCACUCUCUUCUAUCGCCUUUUAUUCCCACCCACUGUCUCUUCUCUGUCCUUACUGUCCCUGUUCUACCUAUCCCUCAAUUUCACCCUGAGCAGAAUGUAGGAUCUUACCUGUUGGUUUGCACUCCUGUCCCAGGUGUCAAUCAUCCCCCGGGGGAAGGGUUUGGGGUACGCUCAGUACCUCCCUAAGGAGCAGUACCUGUUCACGCGGGAGCAGCUGUUUGACAGGAUGUGUAUGAUGCUGGGGGGACGCGUGGCAGAGCAGGUCUUCUUUGGGAAGAUCACCACAGGGGCACAGGAUGACCUCAGGAAGGUCACGCAGUCUGCCUACGCACAGGUAAACGCACGCACACACACACAUAUAUAUAUACACACACACACACACACACUAAUUAACCUCUCGCUCUCCCCCUCGAUCCCUCUCUCAGGUGGUUCAGUUUGGGAUGAGUGAGGCAGUGGGCCAGGUGUCUUUUGAGCUCCCCAGGCAGGGAGAGAUGGUGAUGGAGAAGCCUUACAGCGAGCCCACGGCCCAGCUCAUAGACCAGGAGGUCCGCUCGCUCAUAGACACUGCCUUCCAACGCACACACCAGCUCAUCACUGAGAAGAGAGAUGUGGUGGAGAAGGUGAGGGGGAAAGAGAGGGCUAUGUAGGAGAGAGAUGGUGACAGAGGAGGGCGAUAUGGAGAGGGAUAGAGAGGAGGUCCAAAUCUCCUAACCCUAAGACAUGGGAGAAAUAGGAUGGCAAUCGCAUCGACAGUGUAUCAGAAAGGUAUAGAACAUGGUUGAAAAGUGGUCUACUCUGCAGUAACCUCCAUCCCCUCCCCUGUGUUUCCCCUCCAGGUGGGGAGGCGUCUCCUGGAGAAGGAGGUUCUGGACAAGGCUGAUAUGCUGGAGCUGCUGGGUCCUCGCCCCUACGAGGAGAAGUCUACGUAUGAAGAGUUUGUGGAGGGGACGGGGGCCAUGGAGGAGGACACCUCCCUUCCUGAGGGCCUCAAGAACUGGAACAAGGACCGGGGGACGGAAGAGCCCCCUCAGGAGCAGCAACGCAAACAGGCUCUCUACCUGUUUGACACACACCACGUCUGA